CGGAACUGACAUCUUUUUCCGGUUCCUACACGUGUAUGCACCAUAAACAAACGGAGCUAAAUUUCUUGUUUGUUUGUAAUUAUACCCACGAAGAUGCAGAUAUGCAGCGUGUGCAGCGAGCAGACACCCAAAUACAGAUGUCCAGCCUGUAAAAUAAGAUAUUGUUCCCUUGGCUGUUACAAGAGGCAUAAAGAUACCUGCCUUCCUGUUGAGCUGCCUGCACCUGUUGUUCCUGAAGCUACGACACUGUUGAGCUUUGAGUCAUGGACUGUGGAUGAUCUUUUGCAUGAAGAUGACAUCAGUGAUAAAGUGCCUCUUCAGAGGCUCCAGCUGUUGGGUCAGUCGAAAGAGCUGAGGGAUCUUCUUUGUAACCCCCAUCUGAGACAGUUGCUAUGCUCCAUCGACAACGCAGACAGUAAAUCGGAUGCAAUGAAGGCUGCCAUGCAGGAGCCGCUGUUUGUUGAAUUUUCUGAUCAGUGUUUGAAAAUUGUAAAAAAUGAAGUAGAGUCCUCACCAUCCAAUGAAGCUUUUGACUUGUAAAUCAUUUCUAUUAGAUUAUAAUACUUGUUAGCACAUUUUUCCUGAAUAAGCCAUCUGUGGCAUCUAUUUUGUACAGAUUUUAUAAGUUUGUUGAUCUAGUGUCCUGUUAUGUGCCUUAUUAUGUUAUAGAAUGAAUAGAGUGCUUCAUUAAAUGCCUGAAGUUUUUUUAAACAUA